ACCAUGUCGCUAAAAUCUGACUCCCUGGACGAAAGUCCACCAGCCCCCGUGUCAUUCUUCGACCCGUCCUUGAAGGAGACUCGGCGGCGGGUAUUCUACCAAUGGGCUCGUACAUUGGCCAUCCUAUGUGUUUUUGUCUUCGCCGUUUUGUCUCUCUUUUGGGGAUCCCAGUAUGGCACCGAAGAAAACUACAGAGCAUUGAAGGUUUGGGUCGUCGACUUCGACGGCCAAGUCGAUCCCUACCGCACGAAUGAUCCGCUCGUUGGCCCUGUUGUCAGAAAUGUCACAAGUCAACUCAUCGACUCGAAAUCCCUGCAUCUCGGCUACACCAUCAAGUCACCCGCUGACUUCGACCAUGAUCCCUGGGCCGUCCGCCAGGGUAUCUACGAUGAACACGCGUAUGCGGCCGUGAUAAUCAACCCAAAUGCAACGACACUCCUUCGAGAUGCCGUCGCGAACGGUAACACGACAUACGACCCCACCGGCGCCAUCCAAACGGUCAUUAUAUCCGCCCGCGACGAAACAACAUACUAUACAUAUGUCCUGCCGGACCUGGCGAUUCUCCAAGGGAUGGUUCUGGCCGAGUUCGGUCCACAGUGGGUGCGCAAUCUUUCGUCAAGAAACCUCUCGUCCGUGCCUGCCCAGGCUAUAAAUCCUGCCAUUGGAUUCACGAACGUCGACUUGCGUCCGUUUUAUCCAGCUGUUGCUGCUCCAGCCGUGACGAUUGGUCUGAUCUAUUUGAUCAUUAUUGCGUUUUUCAAUUUCCCUUUCCUAAUGCCCGUUCAUGCGCAGUUCAUGAAACCGGAUGGCCAUCCGCCUCUCAAGGUACCUCACUGGUUGAUAUGGCGCAUACUCUCGAGCAUCGUCGCAUAUUUCUUUCUUUCAUUGUUCUACUCGCUUGUUUCCCUUGCCUUCCAGAUCCCCUUCAGCAAUGCAUCGGCUGUGGACACGCUCUCUGCGACUAAUUCCAAUGCAUACGGUCGUGGUUCAUUUGUGGUUUUCUGGAUGUUGAAUUGGGUUGGAAUGGCGGCAUUGGGGUUCCCGUGUGAGAAUAUGGCGAUGAUUUUGGGAUUCCCAUGGAGCUCGUUCUUCCUUAUCUUCUGGGUUAUUACGAAUGUGGCGACGGGCUUCUAUGCCAUUGAUCUUGCGCCUGGAUUCUAUAGAUGGGGAUAUGCUUGGCCUUUGCAUCGGAUUGUUGAGGCAUUGCGCACUAUUCUGUUUGAUACUCAUUCGAGAAUUGGGUUGGAUUUUGGUGUGCUGUUUGCUUGGAUUGCUGUCUCCUUGGCCUUUUAUCCCUUUGCUACUUUCAUCAUGCGGUGGAAGAUGAAGCGUGGUAUUUGA